AUGAAACUUCUUGUUAGAUCACGACAAGACAACAACGGACAAACAAGUCUUUCUUCUUCGAGUUCUGUCACUUUUCCUGAUAAUCUAAUCAACGAAUGUCAAGGCGAAACCACCCAAAUCUUAGGAUCCUGCGACGGAUUGGUCUUAAUUGGGAUAUAUGGUUUUAGGUACAUUUGCUUAAUCAAUCCAACAACGGGAGUGCAUCGAACACUCUCUCCAGAAUUAUUGCAGUGGCCUAUACAUAAUUAUGGUUUCCGUUCUGGUGUAAAUAGUCCAACGAUUACAAAGGAUCGGACACUUUUUCAAGGAUAUACAACGUUCUUUGAAAAUUUUAAACUAUUGGCCCUAAUGCCACUUUCCGUUGGAUUUGGAAAAGACAUUACUACAAAAUCAUACAAGAUGAUUUCGAUUGUCAAAGUUAUAUCUUUUGAUGAUGGCGAGCAAAGAGACGCCGGCUGGUACGAUUUAGAGGACUACAAAGUUUGCAAUGAACAAACACCAGUUUACGCAAACGGGUCACUUUUUUGGUUGACAUUAUAUUAUUUUACUUUCGAAUAUAAAACAUUUUCAGAGUUGCCUUCACAUCUAUUAGCUAUUGAUCUGCACACUGAACAGUUUCGAUGGGUAUCAUUACCAAAAUGUUACAUCCGUUACUCUCGUGGUGUACAAAUGUGGAGCCUAAAUGAACGUUUGUGCUACAUACAAUGUUCUGAGUUAGACGUUUGGAGUUUACAACGAGAAGAAUAUUCUACUCAAAAUUGGGAGAAAUUAUUUUCUUUUAAUAUUUUGAAUAUCAGUAGAUUAGAUGCAAAAUGUUGGAUGCUUGGUCUAAGAGCUGCUUACUUUCGAAUGAUUGAAAAGGGCCAAGAUCAAGUGUCGUUUGAUAGUCUAAAAACGGCGAUUUGGUAUUCCCCGACUAUGAUUUCUCCGUCAAGUUUGUUAUAA